UACAAUACGAAUCGAUAGAUAGGUACUUAUUCGAUGCGCAUAUUCUAAUAUGACUAGAGACAGGUUAGGAGAAUUGUUGACGGUCCGAAACCAAAAUGUUAUCUUACAGAAAACUGAAAAUGAUGCAACUGAAUUAGAAGAUUUAGGUUUGCGGAGAACAUUCGAAAGAACUAAAAUAUUAGAACAUCUCAUAAGUACUGUUGAGAGAAACAUAGAUGAUGUGCGCCAAAUCAAACGAUAUGAUUUGGGAACCAACCACAAAGAUCUUGACGACCGAAUCGAAAGAAUAUUCGUAACCAACACCAGUAUUUGCCUUCAAAUAAAUAGAAAAUUAAAAGACUAUGCAGAAGAACUUAAAACUACUUGUGCAGACUCUACCGACGGAAGAAUAAAAUUUGUGCAAUACAACACACUCAGAAAUAGAUACAUAAAUAUCUUCAAGCAAAACAAUGCUGAAUUGGAAAACUUCAGGAAUAUUCAGAAGGCACAUUUAGAGGCCCAACUCAAAGCGAAAGGAAUUCGAAUAACCGAUGAGGAACUAACAGCCAUCUUAGAAGAGAAAGCAGACUUGAAAAUCUUCACAGAGAAUAUUAUUGAGGAAUCUCCAGAAACUGAAAAAAGCUUAGCGGACAUCGAGGAGCAGUAUCGGCAAUGUUUGAAAAUAGGACAAACACUGAAUGAAGUUAGCGAUUUAUUUAUUCAAAUGGCUAUACUAGUAGAUUCACAGCAUGACAUGGUUGAUAGAAUAGAUUAUCAAACAGAACUUGCCAAAGAGUUCGUUGAAAGGACUCCAAGUAUACUGAAACAAGCUGCGAGGAAAAAGAACAGAUUUUUUAAGUGUAAAGUUUAUUGUCUAGUUGCAGUUAUCCUAUUGGUGAUCAUAAUUUUCAUAACUAUUUUCAAAUAUUUCGAAAAAUGAUUAGAUGCAUAAAAAUGUAUGUUCAAUGAUUAUUUAUUGACCAAAGUAAAAUAGUUUUGACUAAAUAACUGAUUAUUGAGCUCCCUAAAAACCAUGUUCUCGUGUUUCAUUUAGAGCUAUAGAGUAAAAGAAAUAAUACAUGUUUCGUAUAUUUGUGAAAAUUUUGGUCCUUUUGUUAUCUUCCUAUAAAUGAUGCUUUCAUAAAAAACAUAAUACUUACUAGAAUGACCAGAUUUUGCUAGAUACUUUUCCCAGUUUUCCUGAAAAUUCAUAACGAUAUGGCUAUUACAUUCGACGUACCUACUGAUGGUUUCUUCAAGUAUUGAUAAAUGAAGGAAAAUGUCCUGCAGUCGGUAUUCCUUUAAUCACGUAUUUUUAGUAUAACGUGAAGGAAAGUGACCGUUCUAUUACUAGAAUAAGAAGAAGAAUUCGACAAUGUAUUGAACAAGAGAGCCUUCAGUUCGAGAAUGUGAAUUUUAAAAUUUAUGUUGAUACUGUUUUACGUUGAUUAAAUAAUUUCAUCGAA